UCUCGGACCAACUGAGUCACCGGCCAGACAACAGCACAUAUGAAGAUUGGAGGAGUGAGAAGAUAAUACGGCAGCGGCUAUUGAAGCCGUGGGGAGACCAUCUAUUUUAGAUGCAUGCAACUAGAAGAAGUCUCUUGCAGAAGCUGCCAAAGGGCGAUUCGAUUCGAGUACAGCUUCAGCCUCAGAACUUGUCCGAGAAGUUGCCAUCGGCGAAGAACGAGGCGUUCUGGCAUGACUCGAAUUUUUACGCUCGAUCACCGACAAAGAAGAAUAAGAAGCUCUCACCACUCGUUCAGGACUGGCUCUCACCACGCGUUCAGGACUGGAAGCCUCCCCAAAGGCCAACCAUCCUUUCUUCCACCGUCUUUCCCAACAUCAUCUCGUGGCGGAUCCCGCACACUCUGCACCACCGUCACAGCCUGCGCUUCGUCCUGUUUCCCACGGACAAGACCCUCACCCUCUUCCCAGCGAGCCCUCUCACCUCGCAGCUCUCACCCAGCCUCACUAGGCGCUCGGCCCGGGAAAUGCAUAGCUACGUCCAGAUCGUCAGCACGCCCACGGCAGACACGCCGGGGGCGUGUCUUAUGCUGCACUUCGACACCCAGCGCUACCUCUUUGGCUCCAUUGCCGAGGGCACCCAGCGCGUCAUGGUGCAGCGCAAAAUACCGCUCGCCAAGACCCGGGACAUCUUUCUGACGGGCAGGAUCGACUGGCAGAGCACUGGCGGCCUGCUGGGCAUGAUCCUCACCAUCGCCGACAUCAAGGGCUCCAAGGCCGAGGCCGAGAAGUCCCGCCCCAAGGGUAAAUCGUCCCCGGAUUUCUUUUUGAACGUGCACGGGGGGCGAAACCUGAUGCACAACCUGGCCGCGGCUCGCCGCUUCAUCCUGCGCAAGGGCCUGCCCCUCCGUCCCAGGGAAGUCCGCCACGAUCCCCGGCUCGCCCACGGCAAGACGGAACCUGACUACACGGACGAGAAUAUCCGGGUGUGGUCCGUCCUGCUGUCCGGGCAGCCUCCAGACGCCGGCUCCGUCUCCGGCCAGCGGUCGCCAAAGAGGCGGAAGCUGAGUCCCUCCUCGGGCAAGAGCACAGAUUCGGAUGGCAGUGCUGCUGAAGGCGACUCGGAUGUUGACCAAAGGGUCAGGGAAGCCAUCGUCAAGGACAUGUUCGAUUCCAACUGGAAACUCGACACUCUGCGCGAGCUAAAGUUGGGGGAAGUCGAGCUGCCCGCCAAGAUCUUCGUCAGGAGCGACAAGGGCCAUCUUGAACCCUACCAGGGCCCUCUUCCCGGCGAGGAAGGCUGCGACAAAGACCUCAAGGUUCUGGUGCGGCUGCCCUGGCCGGCAUCCAUGAUAGAAGAGCUGCCCCGCGCCCGGCCCUCGGGCGAAUCUAUGUGCUACGUCGUCAAGUCUCACCCGCGCCGCGGCAAGUUUGACCCCGCCGCCGCCACCGCGCUCGGCGUCGUCAGGACCGACUUCAAGAACCUUACAGCGGGUUUGAGCGUCCCUGGCAAGGAUGGCGUCGUCGUCACCCCGGAAAUGGUUAUGGGUCCUAUGAUGGCAGGCCGUGGCUUCGCCAUUAUUGAUCUUCCCUCCCCGGAGUUCGUCGAUGUGUUCCUCAAUCGCCCAGAGUGGACUACCCCGGAGAUCAUGGAUGGCGUCGAAACCAUGUACUGGAUCCUCCCCGACAAGUCCUAUGUCGAGGGCGAGUCUAGGUUACUAGACUUUAUGAAGGCGCACGCGUCCAUGAAACAUGUCUUGCUCGGCCACGACAUAUCACCCAACACUCUGGCGCUCGAGUCGCCUGCUGCGCAGCUCAUCAAGAUGCACCGCAUCGAUCCAGACAGGUUCCCUCUCCCCAUUUUCGACAGCACAAAGUUGGACAUCGAGGACUCGUUAGCUACCACUGCCGAUGUCGGCCGCCCGGGGGCAAGGUUUCAGCUUGCUCCCAAAGUCUCGUACCCAACAGAUGCCCUCGUCCCGAUCAUGGACACGGGAGAGCCGCUCCGGGAGCUGCUCGACACCCCACAAACCCUGGAGCUCGCCGAUGCCGCCCGUGCCAAGGUAUCCGAUCCUUCCUUCCUCGCGCAGGUCGCCGAGUCCCAGAAGGACCUGCCCGUGCCCGACGCCGAGAUCAUCACGCUCGGCACAGGCUCGGCCUUGCCAUCCAAGUACCGCAACGUCUCAGCCACUCUGAUUCGGGUUCCGGGCUGGGGCAGCUAUCUGCUCGACUGCGGUGAAAACACGCUCGGACAGCUGCGUCGAUCGUUCGGCUACAAGGGCGCAGAUGAGAUCCUGACCGACCUCCGCGCCAUCUACAUCAGCCACGCGCACGCCGACCACCACCUCGGCACCGUCACCGUCCUGACCCGCUGGCUGCAGCUCGACCGCGCGCGCGAUCCCAAAUACGGAGAGAAAAAACUCACCGUGAUCGCCACGCCCAAAUACCACGGCUUCCUCGACGAAGUCGAGUCCAUUCAACCCGGCCUGCGCUCUAAACGUAUAGCCCGGGUCUCCCUGCGGGGCAACUUAAAGCCCGUCCCCGGCACGCGCGCGCGCGUGGUGCUUCCAGAAGGGAUAUCCUCCCCCUCUACCCUCGGCCUGCCAGAAAUCAGCGCCUGUUUCGUAGAACACUGCUACGAAGCGACCGCAGUAGUCCUCACCUUCCCCGACACGGGCUUCAAAGUAGCCUACUCAGGCGAUUGUCGCCCCUCUUUUGAUUUAUUCACCGAGCUUGGCCGCGGCGCGCACCUACUGUUACAUGAAUGUACCUUUGACGAUGAGUUAAAAGGCGACGCAAUUGCGAAGAAACAUUCCACUCUCUCCGAGGCGUUGGAUGUUGGUCGUCGGAUGGCAGCGCGGAGGAUUUUGCUCACGCAUUUCUCGCAGCGGUAUCCGAAAUUGCCGGUUAUCAAUGAGGAGUCGUUGAGGAGGGAUAAUACGGCUGCGGGUGGGGACGUGGAGGUGUUGUUUGCGUUUGAUCAUAUGCGGGUCAAGUUGGGGGAGUUUAAGCAGGCGAAGGAGUUUAUUCCGGCGCUGAGGGAGCUGUUGAGGGAGGAGGAAGAGGGGGAGGGGAAGGUGGAGGAUGUGAAUACUAGUGCUCCGUGAGGUAAGGUGAGGAAGAUGGAGAUGAAGAUGGGGAUCAGGAUCUGUGAUGUGUGUAUGGCUAUCUAGGGGUGAGAAGUGUACGAACAUUGUGUUUCCGACGGGGUUUGGAGAUGUUCGGGGAGGGGCUAGACACAUUCUGUAUAGACGGGCCUUAUACCUAUCGGACGGACGGUAGCAUACAACGCGUCAUUGUGCCUGGGAAGAUGAUGGAAUGGGUAGAAAAAUCACAGUGUGUUCAGUAAACAAGGUGUCCCCUUGGCCAAUUCUGCUGUAUAAUACAUCAUGGUCUAUGUUUCUCGCUC